CUUUCCUUUUCUCUUGUUUGUGCUCACAAAUUUGACACUGGAUUGUUGGCUGGGUUUUCUCCUCGUUCACUGCAGACUUCUUGGCGUUGGUCCCCCGAGGACAUCUGUUCUAGGUGGCCUAUAGAGAGUACAUGAGCCAGACAUGCUUUCACACAUUUCUCCAAGUCCAUCGAAGAUUCUCUCAGCAGCAUUUCUCGUAGACUGUCAUCUCGAAUGCCACAAACUAUCCUGUUCCUUAUUAAAUAAUCCCUCAAGCAGGGGCGGGCAGCGGAACUGUUUUGAAAGUAUGUGUGGAGAGGGGUGACCAUGCAAAAAAUCACAAUCAGAUGGCAUUUUUUACGUUUUUGUACACGGUUUUGGAAAAAAUGGUCUGCCAAAAGCUCGGUUGAUUUAGCUGAGGGAACAACUCGCAAAAUCUUGGAAUCAGUGUCUACUGGAAAUUUUUCCUGUAUCGAAUAAAGCAUGGCUGUCAAAAAAGUUGCUGUGAUAGGGGCUGGAGUGAGCGGUUUGGUUUCGAUAAAAACAUGUCUUGAAGAGGGAUUUGAACCAGUAUGCUUCGAGAGAGAAGACAGAGUUGGUGGCGUCUGGGUGUUCAGAGACGAAGUGAGGACCAGUCAUGAAGAGAGUGCCCUCUAUCACGCACUAGUAACCAACUCUAGCAAAGAAAUGAUGUGCUACAGUGACUACCCCUUUCCAAAGGACUGCCCACCUUAUAUCCCCGGUAAACGGUUAGGCAAGUACUACGAAGACUACGCCGAACACUUCGACCUCAUCAAGCACAUACGAUUUCACACCAAAGUUCUGAAGGUUGAAGAAGCCGAUGACUAUGAUACGACAGGAAGGUGGUCGGUCACCACCGAAGGACCUGGGGGAGAGAGUACUGAUAUAUUUGAUGCAGUCAUGGUGUGUACGGGUAUGUUUAGCCAGUCAAAGAUUCCAACCUACCCGGGUCAGGAUGAAUUCCAAGGAGAGAUCCUACAUAGUAAUGAUUACAGGAAAGCAGACAAUUACGCUGACAAGACUGUCCUUGUUGUUGGUGGAUCGCAUUCUGCCGGUGAUGUUGCCGUCGAUACAAGUCGAAAGUCAAAAAAGACAUAUAUCAGCAUGCGUAACGGUACGUGGGUGAUCACACGAACAGGUCCACUUGGUUGGCCAAGGGACCUUUUUCUCAAUCGAAGGUUUAACUUUCUACUCCCUGAAUGGAUACGCCGCAGCAUAGUCGAGAAAGAUCUCUCCACUCGACUUAACGUCGACAAUCUGGGUCUCAGGUCGACCCGGAAGCUCUUUUGCUCAGAGGUCAUGGUGAACGAUGACAUUGCUAACAGAAUCUUUUGUGGAGCAGUAUCAGCCAAACCCGGUAUCAAACAUUUUACCAAGAAUGGGGUCAUUUUCACGGACGGAACUAAGAUCGACAAUCUGGAUUCAGUCAUAUAUGCGACGGGUUACAACAUUAAGGUUCCUUUUGUUGGAUCGCAUCUCAUUGCAGAUAAAAUCGAUGAGUUACAACUCUACCAGUACGUUUUCCCGCCAAAACAAAAGCAUCCGACUUUUGCUUGCGUUGGAUUCGUCAUGACCGUUGGUGCGCAUGCGCCAGUAUUUGAGAUGCAAGCUCGGUGGGCUACGCAGAUCUUCCAAGGCAAUGUAUCUCUACCUCCACUCAAUGUAAUGCUCAAAGAUAUUGAGAUGAAGAAGAAGUUCCUCUAUCAGAAGUUUGGAAAGCACAUUAUAUUUAUUCCUCCUAUCCCAUACCAAGACGUCCUAGCCGCUAAGAUCGGAGCAAAUCCAUCCUUCAAAUCGCUCUUCCUAAAAGACCCAAUACUCGCCCUCAAGUGUUUCUUCGGUCCCGCCGUACCAGCCAGCUACCGUCUGCAGGGACCCCAUACAUGGAGCGGUGCAAGGGAUACCAUUAUGAACGUAUGGCAGAAUACCGUCUCCGGUACCAAGUUCAGGGACACACCCAUCGGUAACGGCCCCGAAGGAUACCCGAUAGCGCUCAAGCUUAUCUUCGUGGUUUGCGUAGUAGCUGGGCUUUAUCUUUGCAUGGUGUAAAACCACACUGUAAAAACUGUGGUGUUAAAACUGACGCCAGUUGGUGUUAAUAGAGGACCACACCCGUAGGUGUUAAAAUGUCACCCUAUAUAGAGAUUGAACAUAACACCAAAGAGUGUAAAUGUAACAACCAAAGGUGUUGUAAUGACACCUAUGUAGGUGUAAAGAUAACACCACCAAUUUAACACCGGUGUAAAAUAACAGGUGUGGUCCUCUAUGUACACCACUUAACACUACAGUUUUUGCUGUGCACGUUUGUCAUCAAUUAUGAAUAAUAGUCACAUCAUGUCCCGUCUUCCAAAGAGUUGUAAUUGAUCCAAUCAGCCUCGACUAUGGACAUCCAACAUUGUCAGAAUUCUUCAUACAUGAACCUUGCGCAAGGACUCUUUUCGAUACAAAGAGGAGCACACCGAAAUUGGCAAAACAAUGUCGCAUAUAAAAAUCAUGUAUAUACACCUAUAUUAUACUUAGAAAAGAUUUUGAACGUACAUAAGCAAUUCUAGAUGUUGGGGGAUGUUGGAGUUCCAUAGCUGUGAUGAUUGAUCGGAUCAAUAAAUUGUAACUCUUCGUAAGACAGAGUCCAUGUAUGUGGUGAUAAUUUUCAUCUUUGUUUUAAAAAUGUGAAAAUUAACAGUUUUAUGUCGAGGCAAUAUAAUGUCUCAUCUCAAUUUUUGAACCAUUCAAUCAGUGGGACUUACGACUUAAGGAAACACACACACACACAUAUAUAUAUAUAUAUAUAUAUAAUAUAAUAUAUAUAAUAUUGUUUCGCCUUCAUCUUAUAAUAGAGGCAGAAGUGAUUGAUUAUCAUACAAUAGUGCAUUGCUAAUCCAACAUCAAUAAGCAAUAUGAACACUAUCAAACCUCGCUUAUAGUACUAUAUUCUUAUAGUUGCUUGUUAUUAUUGAUUUGAAUAUAUAUAUAUAUUUAUUUGAAUGAUGGAUAUAUUUGCAGGAUAUCAUGCAAAUCUGUGCUAACAAUCGACUAAUUAUCAUAAAUGAUAAUUACACAAACUGAAAAGCGCUUAAGCUGUCAUCGGAUGUAAAAGAUAAAUAAAUGAUAUACGCAAAGUGGAAUGAAGAGACCAGAAAAAUCUGACCAAAUUAAAAUUCGAAAUGACACUGGCCCAUAUAUUCUGAAGCCCAGUUUAACAUAGGCCUAGGUCUAACUCUCUGCUAAAAUUAUGUCAACAUUUUAGUUAUUAUUCACAUGCAGUUCUGAAUUAUGUGAAUGUUGAAGGAACCGAUUGAUUGAACCUGCACUAUCAGAGAAUCGCGUCACAAUUUGGUAUCGAUAGAUUAGCCACAACUUCAGUUUGAAUUAAAACGAUUUCAGAGAACGGGCCACUGAGUAUUGAGGGGGAAAAUAUAUGUCUCUCUCUCUCUUCCUUUCUCUAUAUACAUGUAUAUAUACCGUAUAGAAAUAAUGCAGAUUUUAAAAUGUCAAUGGAACAUCUUUUUAAAUGGAUGUGUGUUUAUAAAAGGGGUUUAUAUAAAGUGCACACUGUAAAACAAACACAAAGUUUUGGGAUUAGAAGUGUUAAGUGCAAUAUAACAUGCUCAUAAAAACGAUAUUGGAAUGCAUGAAAUGAUAUAGCUAUUUUGACUCAUAUAUAUCUUCUUAGGUUAUAAAGGUCAUAUUUUAAACUUUCAAUCGAAUAUUCGUAGUUAUAUGCUGUAAGAAUGGAUGCUUGUAGCUGUGCAAUACUCCAAUACUGCCCAACUUUGGCAAAAGGAAGCAAGUGACACAUCAGUCAAAUUUGAGUAUUGUUGUUUCUGAAACACCCUUUGUAUGUUGCACGUUCAGGCAAAAUAUGGGGAAGAAAUAAUUGUUCUAUGGAAAGAUAUUGAAGAAAAUAUGCUGUUAAAUUGCUUGACACCUAUCAUGCCUAUGUAAAUGACGAACACACAUUGCUCAUUUACAACAAAUGAUACUUUUGUUACUUGCUUCUUUUUGCCAAACUACGGCAGAAUAAUCGCUGAGUAAAGUGCAUUUUCCUGGAUCAUGUGAACUGUGCCUUAAGCUGUAAAGAGUAUAUUUUUACAGAUGAUUUAAAAUGCUUUGUUUUAUUUAUGAGAAUGGAAAGUGUAUAUCCUUCCUGUGCUUUAACAUAAUGUGUAUUCUUGUCCUUUCUUACCAUAGGUAUAUUCUUAUAUUGAUUUAAUAAUUCACACCAUUUCAAUUAAGAUUAUUGAAUGUAUAUUAUUGCAAGAUAUUUAUGUCAUGGGUAGACUAGGAUUUCAGAUAGUGGGCAUGAAUACUAAACGACUGUAAUAUCAUAAAUUUUCAUGAAUGUCUUUGUUUUGUAUUUUGAAUGAUAAAUAAACAUUGAAACAAUGUAUUUUAAACUA